GGUCUCUCUCUAUACUUUGCUUCUCUCUCUAAAACUUUCUCUCUUCGCUCAAGUUUUUUCCUAAAACGAUGAAGAUUUUCGUGAAGACUCUCAAGGGGACGAACUUCGAGAUCGAAGUAAAUGAGACGGAUACGAUCUCUGAUGUUAAAAAAAGUAUAGAAACCAUUCAUGGUGAGCAAUACCCCGCUGCUCAGCAGAUGCUGAUCCAUCAAGGAAAGGUUCUCAAGGAUGAGACUACAUUGGCAGAGAACAACGUUGUUGAGAAAAGUUUCAUUGUUAUCAUGCUGUCCAAGGCUAAAGUUUCUUCAGCUGGGGCCUCAUCUACACCAGUACCAGCGCCACCACUUAGUGCUACUCAGGCUCAGCCUGCACGGACAGUAGCUGCACCUCCGGUUUCUGCUCCUCAGGUUCCUGCUCCAACUGUCUCAGUUCCAGAGCCUACUAGUGGAACUGCAACCGAUGCAGCGCCGGCUGCUGCUGCUGUUUCGACUCAAACAGAUGUUUAUGGUCACGCAGCCUCAAACCUUGUUGCUGGAACUAAUUUAGAGUCAACAGUCCAGCAAAUUCUUGACAUGGGUGGAGGUAGUUGGGACCGUGACACUGUUAUUCGAGCCCUGAGAGCUGCCUUCAACAAUCCUGAAAGAGCUGUUGAAUAUCUGUACUCGGGUAUCCCUGCUCAGGCUGAAAUCCCUGCAGUCGCUCCAGCCGCAGCUACUGGUGGACAGGCAGCAAAUCCUCUAGCACAGCCCCAACAAGAAGCUGCUCCAGUGCCCCCAACUGGUGGUCCAAAUGCUAAUCCACUAAACCUGUUUCCUCAGGGCAUGCCCGCUGCAGAUGCUGGUGCUGGAGCUGGUAAUCUUGAUUUCCUGCGUAACAGUCAACAGUUCCAAGCCUUGCGAGCUAUGGUACAAGCGAACCCACAAAUUCUACAGCCUAUGCUUCAGGAGCUCGGUAAACAAAACCCUCAGCUUGUGCGACUAAUUCAAGAGCACCAGGCUGACUUCCUACGCUUGAUAAAUGAGCCCGUCGAGGGAGAAGAGAAUGUCAUUGAACAGUUGGAAGCAGCAAUGCCACAAGCUGUUACGGUCACACCUGAGGAGCGUGAAGCCAUUGAACGGCUUGAAGCGAUGGGGUUUGAUCGUGCGAUGGUCUUAGAAGUGUUCUUUGCGUGUAACAAGAACGAAGAGCUUGCAGCUAAUUAUCUUCUAGAUCACAUGCACGAGUUUGAGGACCAAUAAUGAAAAAUAAGAAAACAGGGCCAAAUCCAUUCCUCCUCCUUCCUAAACUCAGAGACCCAUCUUUCUUUUUUUUCUUUUUACUUUGCUUUUAUGAUAAUCUCUCUUCUCCAAUGCAUUUGACAAGUUUCAUGUUUAUGUUCAUGUUCAUGUUCAUGGGAGUUGAUUACAUUUAAAACUAAACAUAGUUUAUGUCGUUUGAAGUCGUUCU